AACGUCAUCUCUAAACUCGCCGUACCUUGUGGCUGACAGGAGUUGAAAGCCACACGGUCACAUUUUAUGCUGUGAAGACAAUCUAUUUAUCUUUUUAGUGGGAAUAAGUAAGAUGUCUUCACUGCUCAAAGUGGACACUGAAAUCAAGACUAAGGUUGAUGCUUUCAGAGAACGAAUCACUGCAGAGGCAGAGGACCUGGUGGCUGCCUUUUUCCCGAAGAAAUUAUUAGAACUUGAUCAGUUCCUUAAGGAACCUAUCUUAAACAUCAAAGAGCUGAAGGAUAUCCAUUCAGAUAUAAACCUAUCUGUGCCAGAUCCCAUUCUGCUUUCAGACAUCCAUGAUGGCCUGGACGCACAAAAUGCAAAAAAGAGAAAACUCGACGAAUGUGCAGGAGAGGAUAAAGUGGCUGGAACUAAGGUAUUUGUGAUGCCUGGAGGGAUGAUGAAGAGUAAUGGAAAGCUAGUGGACCUGAUAGAGAGGGUCAAACCAGAGAUCAGGACUCUCAUAGAGAAAUGCAACACGGUCAAAAUGUGGGUUCAGUUGUUAAUCCCAAGAAUAGAGGAUGGCAACAACUUUGGAGUGUCAAUUCAGGAGGAGACUGUGGCUGAGUUGAGAACAGUGGAGGGAGAAGCAGCAUCGUAUCUAGACCAGAUAUCAAGGUACUACAUUACAAGGGCAAAGUUGGUAUCCAAAAUAGCAAAAUAUCCUCAUGUGGAAGACUAUCGUCGCACCGUGACCGAGAUUGACGAGAAGGAAUAUAUCAGUCUCAAGAUCAUAGUCUCAGAGCUCCGAAAUCAAUAUGUGACGUUACAUGACAUGAUCCUGAAGAACAUAGAGAAGAUCAAGAGGCCACGGAGCAGCAACUCUGAUGCUCUUUACUGAGUCCUACCCCUCCAUGAACCCCCACCGCCCCACUUCUGCCCCUUAGAGCUGGGGAAUCGGCAGUAGCUCUGGUCUGGCCUCUGAAUGUGCUCUGGUCCGUCGCUCAGAAAGCGUCUCAGAUGCACUGGACUGGUCUGAGGUCAGCACCUCUGUGUCAGUAAGGAAUCCAGUAGGGCCAGAGGAAAUAUGUUCUCAGAGCAGACCUUUGUACCGAGAUGCUUCCAGAACCAUUGGCCCAGGUUAUUUCAGAACCAGAACCAACACACAUAUACAUGUAUACCAGCACCCUGGCCUGGUAGAAACAAACUUAAUAUAAAGUUCCUACAUUGGCAUUGUAAAAUGUGGUCACAAACCCUUUAAGAGGCACUUGUAUGGUUGCAUUGGCAGAUGGUUUAACUUACGAGACGGGGAACUCCAUUCUGUCCUGUUUUACUUUCUUUUUGUUUGUUUUUCCCCCUAAGAAACUCAUUUCAUCAGAGUUUUCCUUUUUUUGAACAACAUGGGUCAUUUUUAAUUAUGUCUUCAAGCUUGUGAUUGAGUCGGCUUGUCUACUUGUCAACAUUAUCAAGGACAAGUAAUCGCCCUCUCUGGCCAAUACUGGACCCUCAUUUCUAAGACAUGAAGUAAGGAGGUGGAGGUCUUUUUAAGUGUUGUAGCUGCAGUGAUCACUUACAGUACUAUAGUACAUAAGUGGAUCACCCAUUUAUCGUAAUCCAAAAUGGAGACUUUUUGUUGUUUGCAUUUUACAAUGUGAAUUAGUUAGGGUGGUAUUAUUUUGCCAUCAAUUAAGUACAGUGUAAUGUACAUGAAAUGAAACUUGUUUUAUUUUGCUGAGCUGCCGUACGGUCCUAAAUGCUAUCAAGUGUUUUUGUUUGUUUUGUUUUAAGAGUGACAUGUUUUACUCAAUAAAAAGAUUUUUACAAUAUAAAUGAC